AUGGCAUCGCCUGAGAAUCAACCUCUUGGCGUCCAGUCAUCGCCCGUGCUAUCUACGGCGGUUCCCGAAUGGAGCUCAGAGCCUGUUCUUCUGAAAGACUUUGCAUCCAAACGGCAAGUUCCAGGUUUUGCCAAAGUGGUCAAGGGAACAUAUAUGACUUUAGGGAGUAACAAAUUUUCCUUUCAGAAACAACAUCAUGAGGUGUUUAUUCAUUCGGUUAAGGUGGGUGUUAAGGUUUUGGCUCACUGUCUUCGGCGAAUGGAGGCAACGGGUAUUUUACGAAGAGGCGGGCACAACGUGUAUGCAACAACAAGACUCUAUGCUUUGGAUCAACGUUUAGCUAUACCCAUUUCUUACCAAGGCUGGUUUGAGCUUCUUUCUGAAGAUGGGAAAUCAGCAAGGCCGAUCACUAGUGUGAUGGAGCUAGCGAAAUUCAACCCAGAAAGAUGUCUUGUCCGUGAGAACAUGAAAGCAUACCUCAUGGGCGAUGACGGAAGACUAACUUUUGAUAAAUUUCGAGUUUUGCUAGCAGGCGAACAAAUCAUUCUCAACGGCGAACUGACUUUGCCUUCGCCAGGAGAAAACAAGAAAGUGAAAAUGCUUCGGUGUUUAGAUUCUAAGGGGGAGAUAAUAUUUCUGGGGUUUGAUCAAUCUGGAAUGUUCACGCCCAUAGCAGGAGAAAACGAUUUCGCCGGUGUUUUCAACAUUCGGGAUGUGGUUAAACGGUUCAGACUUCCACUAACUGUCAAACUAGUACAAGGGGUCAGGCCGAAGGUUGACCCUUCGAGAUUUACUGGUCUGAUUCGUCUUGACUGGGUCUACACAGACGAGACCGCGUUUGUGUGUCCCGUAGAAAAGAACCAUGUGAGACUUCUUCCUGUUCCAGUGGAUGUGAAUUUACAGGUAGUCUCCGCAUUGAAUGAACAAGAAAUUAAAUCCACUGAAUUAUAUCGGUCUAUGAUGAUGAGAUGUAACAGAAUGAUAUCGAACUACAACAACACGUUACAUCUCAUAGUCCAGAUACCAGAUGUUGUAGCGUCAAGAGGUAAGAAUCGAUCAAGCAACAUGUUUUCCAUACCUUUUCAGUCAGAAACAUUAGGACCCAGCAGUGCAAGAGCUAAAUCCAGAGAGAUGCGACUAAUGGACGAAAUUGAUGAUCUUUAUGCUUACGUUCGGGAUGGCGGAGCGCCUCCUACGAAAUCAAAGUUCACUUAUGAUUCUGACGAAGAGAGCUACUGGGAGGAACCUGCUUACGAGCCUUUGGAUGAUUUCCGAGCAAGGCUGCGAGCACUGGAAGCAGGCGAGAGAGUCAACUAUCAUUCUAAAUACCAGCCUAAAGAUCCAAGACAUCUGAUCUUAGACUCAGAACAUGAUCUUAGAAACGGAACAAUGAACGGCUCUCCAAAAGUUUUGAGAGUUCAGCAGGACAGCAUCACCAGCCAGGUGCCUCCAUUACCACCUCGACCUCUAGACCUUCCAUCAAACCCUCCUCAAUCUUUCUCAGCGACCAUCACAUCACCAAGUGUUGACAUUGAAGAUGAAGACAAAACACCAACUAACAAAGUUGCCCCGGAAAUGCUAGGCAAGCAGCAAAUGAGAAAUGAUGGGGAUAUUACCACAGUAUAUAAUCUGGGUUUGGUAUCUUCUCAGUCCACCUUGGGCAUAUCGCCUAAGCCAACACAGAUCCCACAGGAGGCAGUACAGCGAUCUAAAACAUUUUAUUACACGAAAACUUCAGGUCCUCAAACCAGUAAAAAGGAUCGCCUCGUUGUAUCGAAAAAAGAGAGUCCGGAUUCAUCAAAUUCAGGGAGUAGUGGAAAUGGUCACCGCAACCAUAUUGCCAGAGACUUCAAAGACUCUGAUAUCAGCUCUCUGGCAAAAGGUGGUUCUUCAGGGUCAUCAGGGCGUGGGCCGUCCAACGUCCGAAAAAAGAUCCAAACGAUGUACUUGUGA